CGGUGCUGCCGCCUGCGCGCCCGGGCUGUCCUACACCGCAAUUUUCCUUUUUUUCCCUUUCUAAAAAUUUUUUAAAAAUUUUCUUAUCCCACUUCCCUUUCGGGACUGGAAGCAGGAUCCGCGUCCCUGAAAUUGCUAUGCCAGCUGAACUCUCCCGGGCCGUGGGAAUGCACGCCAUCUCCGACCUGCACUCCUCCCUCCCCCUGCGGCUCCUCAACAAGGGGCCCGAGUACCUCCGCAGGCAGCUGGAGGCCGGCAAGCCGGGCAGGAAAAGUGCCGUGGAGAGACUGGCCGCCGAUAAGGCCAAGUACGUAAAGAGCCAGCAGGUCAUCGGCAGCAGGCAGGACCCCGUCAUCGCGCUCAGCUCAGCCUCGGAGAGCAGCAGCGAGACCUGCUCCGUGGGGAGCAAAGCAGCGAGCCGGGAGCCGGACAGCGGCGCGGGCGCGAAGCCCCGGGAGCUGGGCACGGCCGGGAGCUCCUGCCGAGCCCCCCUGCAGCACGGCCCCCCCAUCGCCAGGCGCAGCACCAAGAGGCAGAUGCGGCCGGAUUCCCUGGUGAUCUACCGUCAGAAAUGUGAGCUCGGCAGAGGUCAAAGCCAGGACAGCUCACGGGGGAAUUUGGUGAGGAGGAUCUUCCAUGGGUCCAUAAAGGAGAAGCAGUUGGCUUCCCCUGCGUUGCCCAGAGUCAUGGAGGACGUCGCAGCCACCGAGUGCAGCGAGCCUGUCUCAGCAAAAGAUGGUGACCGUGAGCCAAGCGACCACGGAGCGGUGCAGACUAUCCCUGUGAGCACUGAAGGGGCAGGGGUAUGUACAAAGGAGCACGAGAGACCCUCAAAACUGAGUGCACCUCCCGAAGACGUCAAGGAGGUGAAGAGGAGAGGUCUCCAUCGCUCCCAGUCCGACAUCAGCUCUCGCUACUCCAAGUCCUUCGCUGAGUUUGAAACAUUUUUCAAGUACUGUGGCCUGGAGCAGGAGGUCAUUGAGGAUCUUGGGCGAGAGAACUUCUCUGUGGUGUCUGACAAUGUCUCCUUCAAGAUCCGCAGCAUCAGCGUGGCAACAUCGGAGAGCGAGUUCACGCGGCACAGCGGGGACGAGGGGCUGCUGGAGGACGAACUCACAGAGCAGGUCCCCAGCAGCACCUCGGUGAUUGAGCGCAACGCUCGGAUAAUCAAAUGGUUGUACACGUGUAAGAAAGCCAAGGAGACCAAUAAGGUGAUCCAGGAACUGGCGUGAUGGCUUCAUCCAGCAUGCGUUGGAGCCUGGUGAACUCAAGAAUUGUUGACUUGGAAGUUGAACAAAACCAGACGCAGGAAGAAACUGUUCCCUCAUCUGGUUUAUGUGUACUUUGUCCAAGUUUAGUAUUUUGUCGUUGUUUCCUGCCUUCACCCCCAUCCCCUGGAAGCCUCACUCUUGUCAAGCCCAAGGAUGUCCAAGACCGCGAUGAAAAGUGGAGAUUGUGAACUGUGCCCCAGCAAGACAGCAGGAAACAAAAUCCCCUGGAAAAUUGAAGCAUGGUAGCAGCUGCCAUCCACAAUAAUAUUCAACAUCAGCUCACUGCCUCAGGGUGUCAUUCCAGGCUGUGACAGAAGGUCUGUUUUGUGCACCCAUCUCUUUCCAGCAAUGAAUUUGUCAACAGGGAUGGGGGGAGAAAGUGGGAAUGAAGUGGCAAUGACCUCUGCGUCAGGUGUUCCCUUGCAGACAGACUCCACCUGGAUGUCCAAAGGCUCUGCCUUAACAGGGCUGUUUGAUCAGAGGUCAUCCUGACAUCAUUCACCAUCAUUUGCUUGGCUUGUGAGGACUCACUGUGGCAGCCUUUUCUGAGAUACUUGGCAAACAUGUUAGCUAAAUCCCUGCCAAACCUCUCUUUCCUUGAGAGCGUGCAAGCCAAAUCAGUGUACCUUGUAUCCAUCUAGUUUGCUCUUGCUUGGUUGUCACAUAGCUUGCUCAGCCAUUGAGAAAGAAUAGCACCAGAUACUUCCAGGAGCAUGGUUCCAGGAAACAGGUAUUGAAGGAGGUUUUGCAUUGUUUCUGCCUUGCAGAACGGCACAGUUUGUUUGCAGUGUGUGCCUGCGUCUGACAUGGUACACAUUGCAAGGUUUGACAGUCAUGGUGUAAUACCUUUAGUUUUAGGCAGUGAGUGAGCAGGCUGUUACAGCAUGGUAUUAGGGAGCUGUGUUGAGCCACACUUCCCCAGUGUGAGUCUGCACUAGGGCUGUGCAAAGCAGGAAGGUGUGUUAGGGCACAGCCAGGCCAGGGAAUGUCCUGAUGACACCCAGUGUACACAACACCUCACUCAGUGUCAUCAGUAAAAUGCUUCAUUUGGGCUGCCUGAGCUAAACAUGUUUUCAAAGGUGAUACUUGGAUCAUUAGUGAAUGAGGCCUCUGCAGUAACUCAUGGAAUUUGCUGGCUAUGCCUCAAACACCCCAAAUUGUCAUUGCUUGCUAAAAACUCAAAGCAUUUCUAUAUGGACAUUGCAAACCACAAAACAAUUAAAAAAAAAGGCCAAAGCCACUUUCCCUUUCAUUUGCAGUGAUACCCAUCUGUGAAAGCUGCCUGACUGGCACAAUGUUGACUUCAGCUGUUGGUCCUGCAGAGGUUAAAAGCUUACUUUGUGUUACCAUGGUUGUGGAAGAGUUGCCCUUGAAGAGCUCAUCGACGUCAGCUAAAUAUCACCUGAGUUGCACUUCCAUGGGUUUUAAAUGUGCUUGUCAGUCCUUGGAUGGUUAGUUCUCAAUUACAGCACCAGUUUGGAAAUGCAAUGUCUUCUGUUUCUAGUGUUAGGUACUAAGGCCUGCAUGUCUGAAGUUCUUAAGAUUACUAGAUAACGAUUCCAGAUAAAAUAAUUG